AUGGCGCGCAUGCUGCUUUUGCUACUCGCCGGGCUGUCUGGUGGCCUCUGUCAAAAGGCACCACAAGUCCAAACUAGAAAUGGCUCUUAUACAGGCGUUCAUCUGCCUUUACUCAACCAAGACUACUUCCUAGGCAUGCCGUUCGCCCAGCCGCCUGUUCAAGGUCCCCUUCGAUUCUCACCACCAGCUUCACUGAACACCUCCUGGACUGGAUCGAGAGACGCUACUCAAUUCGGCAACAUUUGCUAUGGCUAUGGUAAUGACAACAACAGGCUCGCGGCACUUGGCUUCAAGAUCUCUGAGGACUGUCUGAGCAUCAACGUCGCUCGUCCUUCCAACUAUACAGACCAGUCGCUGCCAGUUGCCGUGUACAUCUACGGUGGAGGCUACUUCCAAGGUGGCAGCGCCGAUCCCCGGUUGAACUUCUCGUCCAUCAUUCGGGACUCUGUUGCAGCUGGGAAGCCCAUCAUUGGCGGAUCAAAGAUUGGCACUAAAUUGGGUACAAGGGAAGUCGUAGCUGUUGAAGUGCUUGAUGAGACGUUCUCAGCUAACUCGUCCGUAGAAAACAUCGCUGCCUUUGGAGGAGAUCCUACCAAAGUAACCAUAUUCGGUAACAGCGCGGGUGCGGGUUCUGUCGGUGCCCAACUUCUGGCGUACAAUGGGCGCGAUGACGGACUGUUCAGAGGUGCCAUUUCUCAGUCGGGAGCCCCUGCUGGUUUCUCGCCAUUCUCCCCAUUUCUCGACGUCGCAAAGUGGGACGAAGUCUACGAGAACAUCACAGUCGGCAUAGGCUGCAGCACGACAGAUGCACUCAAUUGUCUGCGGAACGUCCCAAUCGAGGUUUUGAAUGCCGUGGUCAAUUCUACAGCCACUUCAGGGGCUUCCUAUGGACUAGUCCAAGUCUUUGAUGGCGACUUUGUUGCCGAUGCCCCAGGAGCGCAGCUGGCCAAGGGCAACUUCGUCAAAGUUCCAUACAUAAUCGGCCACAACACAGACGAAGGAUCUGCCUUUAUCCCAGGGAACAACUUUGAUAAUGCCACGUUCUAUCCAACGUCCAAGAUCGACACGGAUGAGCAGUUUAGGGACUACAUUGCUUCGCUCAAAGCCAACGAGACGGUUGCAAGUAGAGUGUUCGACAUAUACCGCCAAAACGCAACGGACCAGGCUCUAGCCACAUACCCGGACGAUCUUGGUGCUGAACUCGGCUACCAAUAUAAGAGAGCUGUUACGCUCGCUGGUGACUCUAACAUCAUCGCGCCCACUCGUUACACGGCUCAGAUGUGGGCGGCGUACAACGUGCCUCUUUACAAGUAUCGAUGGGAUGUCAUCGUCAGCGGAUUGCCUCGCUACAUUGGCGCAACGCAUGCGAAAGAGAUCUUCUUCGUCUUCGACGACCAAAGCAGAGACGACUACGACGUGUGGCCUCUGCAAGACAAGCCUCAGUCUUUCUCCGAACUAGCUUCCAUCAUGGCAACGGCGUGGGCUAGUUUUGUGGCAACUGGUGACCCGAAUAGCAAUGGAUCAGUCAACGGUACAAACUGGCCUUUGUAUAAUGAGUUCAAGGAAAACUUUGUCUUCACUGGUAACGUCACUAGUCAUGUCGAGAACGACGAUACGCGUGAGCAGGAAAUCAGCUUUCUGUCAAGUCUCUUUUGA